AUGUUCAAGCGGAACAACGCGUUCGUCGGCCGCUGCCGCCAACGUCUCGAGGCGCUGUUCUCGUUGACGCUGAUCACCGGGUGCCUGUUCAACAUCGCGCUGUCGCCGUACUGCAUGUGCGCCAUGGAAUCGUGUCACGAGAAAGUGGCCGAGGUUCUGGUGCAGGUCAACACCGUGCUGCCCCGGACGUUGGCCGUCGUUUGCCUGGUGUCCCGGGCGAAGACCAUGCUGCACAGCGCGAGCGGCGCGUUCAGCGAGUACGAGAAAAGGACGCGCAAGUACAAGACGUGCUUCCCGGACGGGGCGGGCAGCGCUUUCGUCGCGUUCGUGGUGUCCGUGUACGCCGUCACCGCGUUGCCGACGAACGCGUACCGGCUGUACAUGAUCCACCGGGACGUCGGCGACCGCACCGUCACCGUGUUCUUCGUGCUCAUGUACGCCCAGAACCUGUGCACGUGUUCGUCGGAAAUCCACUACGUGGCGCGCUGUUACGGGCUGUACCGGCGGUUCUGCCGGAUCAACGAGGACGUGUCUGCGCUCAAGUCGGCGACGGUCGUCGCCAACCGGUACCCGACGGCGUUGCUGUUCCAGCCGUCCGCCUCGCACGUGUCGCCGCCCGCGGCCGUGACGCGUCCCACGGCCGACAGCGUCGAGCUGCUCCGAAUGAGGCACCAGUGCGUCCGAGACGCGGUCGGCGACCUCAACGACCUGUACGGCGUCCAGCUGCUGUUGUCCCUGUGCGUCCUGUGCGUGAUGACCGUGGUCGACAGCUACGGAGAGAUAUUCGGCGUGUACACGCUGGCCCAGUCACAGGUUUUCUUGUACGCGUGGCUGGUGCACUAUUUGUUUAGAUUUUGUACCAUCGUGUUGACGACGCAUUUCACGAUGAAACAGGCCUACAGAACAAAAAGUUUAACAACCGAUAUAAACAAUCGUCAUUUAGAUAUCAGCACAAAGGAAGAGUUGUACUUAUUUUCCAAUCAAAUUAUUUGUCAUUCAAUGGAAUUUACUACCUGCGAUUUUUUCACAUUAAAUGCUCAUUUCAUUACUUCUACUAUUGCUGCAGUCACGACAUAUUUCAUUAUAUUAUUACAA